AUGCCGUCUUUGGCUACCCCUUCCCAGAAGGGGAGGGGGAAAAAGAAGGGUGGCAAGAAGCCUGGAAAGAUUGUGCCCGACCCGGAUGCGGCGUAUCUUCAGCAGCUGGAUGAGACACUAUACAUCCCCAAGAUGGUGCGCCAGAAAGUCCUUGAUACCUAUGGGAAGGCAGCUGAUAGAGCGAUCAUAGCCAAUACCGUUGACGCCUCGUCGUCGCAGCUGGAUGCCCACCGCGAAAGGCCAAUUUCUUUUAUCAAAGUACCAAGUAUCUUUCGGUCUCUGGGUCUUUGCUUGACUGAUGACCAGUUUGAUCAAAUAACGGCAAUGAUUGCGCAGAAUUCUCAACACGUGUCAGAGGAAAGCAGCCCGGGCAACCAGAUGCAGCAGAUGGAGCGGCCCGGGACAUUUGCCGACCGUGAAAAGCUGCGCACUCUCUUGGUGGAGUUGCUCCACACCCACGUAUUGGCAUACGACCCUCAAGUGCUCGCCUGCCCCCAUCCCAGAUUCCCAGAUCGUGUCUCCUCGGUGGUAUACAGGCCUACAGAAGGGGACAUUCGCUCCUGUUUUGAUAACAUCUGGGAAGUGACUGGGAAGCAGAUGGUUAUGACUGAGGACGGGAGCAAUACCCGGUGCGUUGCCGUGGAGCAGCUGGAGGAACUUUUGGCAAGAGGGCAAACUGAGGAGGUUGGGACGAAAGCUCUGACGGAAAAAGAGUUGCAGGACUUCUACUUUCUUGUCAAGGAUGUAAACAAUGAUGUGGUGAGGGAAGACGCUUUUUUGAACUGCUUCAUUCAUGUAGAAUAG